AUGCACUCUACAUAUUCCACCUACCUGGUAACAGAUGACAGGAAGCACGGCAAUGAUGGAGAAGACCCAGACGAGGAUGAUGGAGGUGAUGACCCUGUUCCUGGAGCGAGCAUGAUCCUGCCCGCGGACGAUGGUCCAAUAGCGAUCGAGGGCAAUGACGGUGAUAGUGCCAAUAGAAACCAUGAUGUUAGUACCCUGGACAGCGGGGACCAGCUUGCAAAGGACAAGCCCCAAGAUCCAACGGCGGCGGAGGAUACCGAUGAGGGUAAACGGCAUGCAGACCAAGCAGAGGAAGAGGUCGGAGACGGUAAGGUUGGCGAUAUAGAGGUUACGGGCGGUCUGCAUGCUCGGCCUCCGGGCCACAACAAAGAUGACGAUGAAGUUGGCGAGAAUGCCCGCGGCCAUCAAGCAGCCGUAGACCACGAUCAGGACGGCCUCCGUCACGGGGUCCACGUUCUUGUCUUCCCGGGUGUGCUCCAGCAAGAUUUCGAUGGCAUCGUUCAGGCUGAAGUUGAACGUGCCGUUCAGUUCCAUCGUUAUGCACUUUUCUACAUUACUAAGCGUAACCUCGCUGCAAGCCAUAUCCGUCCAUUGUCACCUAUAACACAAUAUACAUAA